CAAAACUCAUUCAUUCAAAAAUUGUCAAUACGUUCAAACAUCGAGGAGAUCCAAGCUCUAUAAAGAAAUAUCAGAUAAAAUAAAUCUUCAAAGAAAAACAGAACUCAAGCUCCCCAAGGAACAAACUUACUAUUCUAAGUGACAUAUUUAUUGUGUGCUUGUUAAACCAAAACCCUAAAAACACGUUAAUGAAAUACAGAAAUAACCGCGGAACAAUCUUACAAAUUCAAUUCAGAACAUUUCUAGUCGCAAGUUCUUCUCCCAGUUUGACAAAAAUUAAGUGUUGACGGAUCAAGAUAUUAAAAGGAGCUUAGUCCUUUCGGAUCGGAGAUAAGGAUUUUAAGUUUGAAGGCACUGGGCCGUGUGGAAAGUCGCCAGAAGAAAGCCUCUCCCACCGAGUUCGGACAAAAUCCUCGUAGGAAGCAGUCUAAGAAUCCAGGAUGUUCGCCACGCUGGAUACUAUUCUCAAGCUGCUGACCCUGUGCGCCCUGGCACAUUCUAUUACCGCUCUGGCCCUGCAGCCGUCUCCUUCGGCAGGAUCGGCGCCUCUGGAUCCCAGUCACAAGUACCUGAUUGUGCGAGGGGAAUCUCCGGUAGGAUCAUCGGCCUCGCAGGAGCAUUUAGACUUUGACAACGCCGCCACCCUCCUGCUGCAGUCCUUCAGGGCCCAGCAGACCACGGCUCCGGAUGGCCUGGAGGAGUGCAGUGCCCCCAGCCACAAGGCGACCUUCUCCGGCUACGAUUACGUCAUCUUGCUGGGGAUGUUGGUCAUCUCUCUGGGCAUCGGCAUCUUCUACGGGUUCUUCCAGAAGGGCGGCAGCUCCUCCAACGAGUUCCUGCUGGGCUCUGAGAUGAGCAUUUUUCCGGUGACGCUCAGCCUGACCACCAGCUUCAUCACGGCCAUUGAGCUCCUGGGAAAUCCUUCGGAGAUGUACUUCCAGGGCACUCAGUUCGUGCUGAUUGUUAUCCCCAUGGUCCUAGUUAUUCCUGUGGCUGUGAAGAUCUUCUAUCCGAUAUACUUCAAGAUGGAACUGACCAGCUGUUACGAGUACCUGGGAAUACGAUUCGGCAAGGAGAUUAGGAUCCUGGGAGCAGUGCUUUAUGUUAUACAGAUGUGCUUCUAUACGGCUGUGGCCGUCCUGGCUCCUGCCAUCGCUCUUUCGAAGGCAACAGGCCUGGACACCAAAAUAGCCGUUGUCCUGAUCUAUGUGGUUUGCGUUUUCUACUCCUCCCAAGGCGGAAUGAAGGCUGUGGUCAUUGCAGACUCCUUCCAGGCUGCUGUCCUGGCUGUAUCCUUGGUGUUGAUUGUGGGCUUGGGAAGCUUCUACAGCGGCAAUCCCAUACAGGUGUUCCAGACGGCUGCUGAACAUAAUCGCUUGGAGUUUUUCAACAUGGAUCCCAGUCCUACAACCCGUCACACAGUGUGGUCGGUGGUCAUUGGGGGCUUCUUCUACUGGACAUCCCUGUUUUGCACCAACCAGGCUUCUGUUCAGAAGUGCAUGUCCUUGAAAUCCCUGCGACUGGCCAAGAUCGCUCUGGGCUUCGCCAUUAUUGGGCUGAUUGCGGUGUUUCUCUUGAACUUCUACACCGGUCUGAUGGUCUUCACCCACUACGCCGACUGCGAUCCUCUGACAGCAGGACGCAUUUCGGCCACGGAUCAGCUCCUUCCCUACUAUGUGAUUAACACGUACGAGCACAUCUCCUCCAUCGCCGGAAUCUUUGUGGCUGGAAUAUUUGCCGCUAGCUUGGGAACUGUGGCUUCCGCACUAAACUCCCUUUCUGCUGUGACCUGCGAGGAUCUGUUGGUGAAUGGCAUGAACAUCAAAAUCUCCCCCGAGAAGGGAGCCACCUACGCCAAGUGGAUGUCCCUGGGCUUUGGCAUCGCCUCCUUCGGCUUGGUGUUUAUUGUGGAGCACUUGGGUGGAGUCCUGCAGGCAACUCUUACACUGAACGGAUUGAUUGGCGGCGUCACCUUGGGUCUCUUCGUCCUAGGCAUCGCUUGCAAGCAGGCCAACACCAAGGGCGCCUUCUACGGCGGUCUGUUGUCCCUUGUCCUGGUGAUUUUCGUCGGUGUGGUGGCCCAGAUAGCCAGUGUGGAGCAACCAGCGCUGCCCACCUCUAUUGAGCACUGCGAUUGCCACGUCAACGUUACAACUAUUGCCGAAGACCUGCUCACUGAGCCCAUGCUCCUUCAAGAGGAGGGCGGAUUCACAUCCUGGCCCAUUUUCCGCCUCAGCUAUAUGUGGUAUAGCAUGAUCGGAUGCCUGCUCACAGUUUUCCUGGGCUGGCUCAUCUCCUUGGUAAUCGACUUCAUUCAAAGACGCAACGUACUGAAGAUCACCGGCAAGGGCAUCGACAACCCCGCCAUUUCGGAGGAGGUGUUCAAGAGUGAUUCCCAGGUCCAGUACACCACCUCCAUCAGCGUGUCCACGGUGACCACCUCCGUGAUGGAUACCAAAGAGCCGACAAGCGACACCGGCCACGUCAACCACGCCAUUCGCAUCGACGAUGAAUAGAAACCGACCUUGGGCAAAUCGAUAGGGCGGGAAGUGGUGCUGGCCAGCCUGGCAGCGCUCCCCACCUUAGAAUUCCUUGUGUAACCUGUAACCUCCAUGUACAAAGACCAGUCGCAAACCUAACUGUCCUAGCUUAGUCGAAAGAGUGAUUUCUAGUUCGUAAGUCCAAAGCCGAGGCUGCUCGGCACUCGACACAGUAUUCUGUAUACACACACCACUUACUAAUGUUACUACGAAAUGAAUUUAGCCUUAAGCUCUACUUUAAGGCAUUAUACAAAAAUAAAACCCAUAUAUAUUCCUGA